AUAUGAUUGGUCGAGAGGCUGACACAUAAAACGAGCUUUCCGUUUGUCAGUUUCCGGACAGUCUAAGCGAAAAAGAAAAUAUUAACAAUUCCUCUGUGACUUUAAAGGUAUGAACCGACACGACACACACAAUCGAUAUUAAUGCGACUUUAAACCCGAUAUUAUCAGGGAUAAGUGUGUGUUUUCUGUGUGUGUUUGAUAGGAUUUACGGUAACACACGUUGGUGUGUGAAAUGUGUGAAUGAGAGCUCGACUGUUUGUUAGCUAACACCUGACUAGCUAUCUGUUUUGAGGAGAUUUAACCAUCUGUGUCUGACAUUUAAGACAUUAUAAAAGAGCCGCAGCAGACUCUGGUUAUCAGUAAAUGUCCAGAAGUUCCUAAUAUAAACGGAGAGUGGUUGAAAUUGACGUUUUUCUAACUCUGAUCCUCUCUUAAAAACAGGACUGAAGAUGAUCGAGGUGGUCUGCAACGAUCGUUUGGGAAAGAAAGUCCGGGUGAAAUGCAAGUAUCCUUGAAAAAUAAGGGUUUUCAAGGAAACAUCGGGUCAUGCAAGUUGGCUGACCAAUCAAAGCACGGUAAUUUGUUUGUAGUGAGACCUCGGGCCAGUCCAUUACGGACUACAGCGGGGUGACGCAGCUCAAGGAAGAACAUUUAUGAUCAUUUCUUUAUCAUUUCCUGAAAGUAAUAAUCACGAUAUUAAUCAUUUUUCACUGCAGACACAGUAGUUCUUCUGUCUUAGCGUCUCGGUCUGAUUGUAUUUCCAUGAAGAAAUGAUCGUAAGUGUUCUUCCUUGAGCUGCGAAACUCCGCUGCACUCUAUGAUCGACUCAUCAGGGCUCCCCCACAAACAAGUGGCUGCUGGAAGAGAGUAGGUGAGUUGUGUUUAGUCUCUUUGUUAAAGAAAUUAGUCAAAGUUAACCCGGUGUUAUGGUGUGUUUGACCCUAAAUUAAUUUUACUCCAGAAGAUCCCGUUUGAUGCAUCGACUCCACGUCCUCGGUCCACUCUUUUUGAAGCUCACCCAGGUUCUGACCUUCUGUUUCUUGCCCUCCUCGUUGAGGAUGUCAGUGUUCACCUACUGGUCAACUGUCAAGCCAGCCGACUUUCUACAUGAUUGGGAUUUCCUAGACUGAGAGGUAGAUGGCAUAAAUACUCUUUAAAGAAGAUACAGAUGUUGUUCAACUGAGUCACUUCAGAAGAGGUGGACUCUUUCUGUGUUAUUGUGUCAAAGACCAUAGAAAUGUCACAUGAUCUUUUUUCCAUACCAUCGUGCGUCUUUCCUUAACCACAAUGUUUCAGCGCCGACGACACCAUCGGAGAUCUGAAGAAGCUCAUAGCUGCUCAAACAGGAACAAGGAGUGAUAAGAUCGUCCUAAAGAAAUGGUAAGGUGCUUGUUUUCUAUACUGCUCUGUUAAAAUGUUCCUCUGACUGUUCACCACUAAAGGUUCCUCCUCUGUUCCCACAGGUACACCACAUUCAAGGAUCAUGUAACUCUGGGUGACUGUAUCCUUCCAUAGAAGUCCUGCUGCUGUCAUGUUUUUAACUGUAGAUCUAGUUUUUAUAUUUCCGCUCUAAAGGUACCUAUUUGUCAUUUUAAGGACCAAGAGUCCUUUAUGUUGGCUGCUGGUUGGUUAGAGCAGAUGUUUUUUUAACAGUUGAUAUUUGUCCUGAUUCUGUGAAAUUGGAGUCAUCUGUCCUUUCCUGAUUCUUAAACCACAUCAGAACCAUUUUCUUUAUUUCUGUUGUCCUUAACCAAACAUUCUGCAGAUGAAAUCCACGAUGGGAUGAACCUGGAGCUGUACUACCAGUAGAGCAGGGCCAUAAAUUGAUGCUUCACAAACAGACAAACAAACCUCAUCUUCACAGCAAAGACGGAAAGACCCCCCGAUGAAACCUGUCAGAAGGAAACCGCCGUGAUCGGACAGAAGAGAGGAGCAGAAAACUCACAGAUGUCACAUAAUCCUCAGUUUUAGUUUCUGAUUUUAACGCCUAAAUUCUGAUGUGAAAGAUUUGUUGUUCUUUUUUUUUUUUUUUUUUUGAUAUUUUGAAAUUAAAGUUGAAAAUUAGUAAUGGUCAU